AAAAUUGCCGGGAAAGUGAAAAAGUCCGCGAGAAGCUUCUUUGUGGCUGAACAGAGCGUAAUUAUUAUAAAAUCCAAGUGUAAUUCAUUAUUUAUAGACUUGUUGAUUCUCUCUCUCCAAACUCCAAAGACACACAUUAUGGCCGAUGAGUUGUCAUCAGAUGCUGAUCCCUUCUCCACUGCCAGCAGUCCUGGGAGACAACGUGAUCCUCUUACAUCUAGCCCUGGAAGAGAUUUGCCUCCUUUUGAGGAUGAAUCAGAAUUGCUCGGAGAUGGCGAUAAUGAGCAGGAGGAGGAGGGAGAAAAUUUGUUUGGGGAUGAACUGGAAAGAGAUUAUCAGGCUAUCCCAGAGCUGGAUACGUACGAGGAUGUUGGACUGGACACAUCGGACUAUUCUGAGAUGUCCGACACUCAGAGGCAAGAUGCAGAGAGAGAGAUACGAGAUCGGGAACGAGAGGAAGGAGUUCGUGCUGGACGUAUGAGAAGAGGUCUUCUCUAUGAUGACUCGGAUGAUGAUGAAGACAGACCUGCCAGAAAAAGGCGCAUGGCAGAGCGGGCUGCAGAGGGUGUGACAGCUGAUGGUGAUGAAGAGAUGAUUGAGAGCAUUGAGAACCUGGAGGACAUGAAAGGACAUUCUGUGAGAGAGUGGGUGACCAUGUUGGGGCCAAAGACUGAGAUCAAACACAGAUUUAAGAAUUUCCUUCGCACGUAUGUUGAUGAGCGUGGACACAGUGUGUACAGAGAAAAGAUUAGACAGAUGGUUGAAGGAAACAAAGAGAGCUUGGUGAUUGACUACAACAUGUUGGCGUCCAUGGAACAGGUCUUGGCUUACUUUCUGCCAGAGGCACCUGCAGAAAUGCUAAAUAAUCUUGAUGAGGCUGCAACAGAGGUUGUGUUCAGUAUGUACCCCAACUAUGAAAGGAUUGCUCAGAGUAUUCACAUCAGAAUAUCGGAUCUUCCUCUGAUUGAAGAAAUCAGAUCCCUCAGGCAACUGCACCUGAAUCAGCUGAUCCGCACAAACGGUGUUGUGACCAGCGUCACGAGCGUGCUCCCUCAGCUGAGUGUUAUCCGCUACGACUGUAACAAAUGUUCGUUUGUCCUGGGGCCUUUCUACCAGACUCAGAACACAGAGAUCAAACCCGGCUCUUGUCCGGAGUGUCAGUCCCAGGGGCCGUUUGAGAUCAACAUGGAGCAGACUGUGUACAAAAACUACCAGAGGGUUACAAUACAAGAAAGUCCUGGCAAAGUUCCUGCAGGCAGAUUGCCACGCUCAAAAGAUGCGAUCUUGUUAGAUGAUUUGGUCGACACGUGCAAGCCAGGAGAUGAAAUUGAGCUCACGGGUAUCUACCACAACAACUACGACGGGUCCCUGAACACAGCAAAUGGUUUUCCAGUGUUCGCCACAGUUAUUCAAGCUAACCACAUCACAAAGAAGGAUGACAAGAUGGCAGUAGCAGCACUCACUGAUGAAGAUAUCAAGGCUAUUGUUACUCUCUCGAAGGAUGAAAGAAUAGGGGAGCGGAUUUUUGCCAGCGUUGCGCCAUCAAUAUAUGGGCAUGAGGACAUCAAGAGAGCCCUGGCACUUGCUGUGUUUGGUGGCGAGUCCAAGAAUCCAGGACAAAAACACAAGGUGAGGGGAGACAUUAAUGUGCUUGUGUGUGGAGAUCCUGGCACGGCCAAGUCACAAUUCCUGAAGUAUGUUGAGAAGACUGCCCCGCGUGUUGUGUUUGCCACUGGCCAGGGAGCCUCGGCUGUCGGUCUCACGGCGUACGUCCAGCGGAACCCGAUCUCCAAAGAGUGGACUCUGGAGGCAGGAGCUUUGGUCCUGGCAGACAAAGGGGUGUGUCUCAUCGACGAGUUUGAUAAGAUGAAUGACCAGGACCGGACGAGUAUCCACGAGGCCAUGGAACAACAGAGUAUCUCCGUGUCCAAGGCUGGCAUCGUUACCUCAUUGCAGGCCAGGUGUACUGUGAUUGCUGCAGCUAAUCCCAUAGGUGGACGAUAUGAUCCAUCUCUCACUUUUUCAGAAAAUGUUGAUCUCACAGAGCCAAUUUUGUCGAGAUUUGACGUGCUGUGUGUGGUUCGAGACACUGUAGACUCGGUCCAGGAUGAACGUCUGGCCAAGUUUGUGGUUGGUAGUCACAUGAAACAUCACCCUCACAACACAGAAGAGACUAAUCUCUCAGAGAACCAGAUGGGUGACCUCAAGGUGGAGCCAAUUCCCCAAGAUCUGCUGAAGAAGUACAUCAUGUACGCCAAGGAGAAAGUUCGGCCAAAACUUCAUCAGAUGGAUCAGGAUAAAGUAGCCAAGAUGUACUCAGAACUCAGGAGGGAGUCCAUGGCCACCGGAAGCAUUCCCAUCACAGUGCGACACAUCGAGUCCAUGAUCAGAAUGAGUGAGGCCCACGCCAGGAUCCAUCUACGAGACUACGUGAAUGAGGACGACGUCAACAUGGCCAUACGCAUCAUGCUGGAGAGCUUCAUCAGCACACAAAAGUUCAGUGUGAUGAGGACAAUGAGAAAGACGUUUGGCCGGUACUUGUCCUUCCGUAAAGACAACAAUGAACUGCUGCUGUUCAUCCUGAGACAGUUGUCCCAGGACCAGAUGGCCUACCACAGGAACAGAUUUGGCACAGACCUGGAGCAGAUCGAGGUGUCCGAAAAGGAUCUGGCUGAUAAGGCUCGCCAGAUCAACAUUCACAGCUUGACCACGUUCUACGACAGUGAUAUUUUCCGAGCGAACCGGUUCAGCCACGAUGCGAAAAGGAAAGUCAUUGUCCACACAUUUUAGUCUAUGGUCACAAUUGGAUUUAAAAGUGUCGUGUCAUUGAAUUUGCUUGGCUGCAAUCAGAUUUCGUCUGAAAGUAUGAGAUCUUCUGUUUUGUUGGAGAAAACUUGUAAAUCUUGAAUAUACUGGUUGACCUGUAUCUCAUGUGAACAAGAAAACUUUGAGGAUGCUGGUUCCCAAUUGCUUACUACACAAUUAACUCAGCCUUUCAUCUUUCUUUUUCAAAUUCCCUCAACAUUGAUACUGUCAGGUAGGCCUACUAAAAUUACAUCAGAACUGACACUAACUUCCCCUUUGUGGGAAUGUCACUUUUUCAAAUCAUUUAAACUUUAAAAUUUUCAUUUGGUGAUGUUUGAGAGAUACAUUAAUUGUAUUGUGUCCAUCAAUAGCACAGGAAAGGUGAUAGUGAGAAAUAAUUGAGUCCAUGAAUUAAAAAUUGGUGUCUCUCAAUUUGAUUGUAGUUGUAUGAAAUUGUCUAAAAUUCUUCACUGCACAUAGCUCAUACUUGAAAAUAUGUUCGGGUGUACGUUUGUGGGCUCAUUGUACAUAUAUCAUCUGUUUGUAAUGCCUACAAAUUUUUGUGUCAUGAAGAGCAGCUAAGUUUUCUCUCCCUCCCCUCCUCAAGACUGGAAAAGUUUAGCGUGGGUAGUUUGGACUUCUCUAUGACUUGCUACAAUUUUCUUAGCGUCUUCUUCGUAUUUUUGUGAUAUAAACAAAAAAAUUCCAACUGCCAUUUUUGCUGACCCAUGUUCUGCUACUCAUGAUAUUUGUUAAACGUGUCUUUGUCAUUUUGGAUGAACUUAUGUAACGAAUAAAAAAACAAAAUUUAU